AUGGCCGCUUCGCCGCUCUUGACCCUCCCCUUCCUCUUCCUUCUCUGCGCCACCGUCGCCUGCCGCGGGGCGUAUGGGGCAAGCGGCGGCUACGGGCUCGGCGUCAACUACGGGCGGGUGGCGGACGACAUCCCCUCGCCGCGGCGGUCAGUGGAGCUGCUCCGCGCGGCGGGGGCCGGGUCGGUCAAGAUCUACGACGCCAACCCGGGCGUGCUCCGAGCGCUGGCGGGGACGCGCUGGCCCGUCUCCAUCAUGGUGCCCAACGAGAUCAUCCCGGACCUCGCCGCCUCAGCGGCCGCGGCGGACCGGUGGGUCGCCGAGAACCUGGUCCCCUACUACCCGGCGACGCGGGUCAAGUUCCUUCUCGUGGGGAACGAGAUCCUCUCCGACCACUCCAUCGCCAACUCCACCUGGCCGCGCCUCGUCCCGGCGAUGGAGAACAUCCACCGGAGCCUCCGCAAGAGGGGCAUCAGCAGCGUUAAGAUUGGCACCACGCUCGCCAUGGACUCGCUCGCCGACGGCGCCUUCCCGCGCCCACCGUCGGCCGCCGAGUUCCGCGCCGACAUCGCCGAGGCAGUCGUGCGCCCGCUGCUGCACUUCCUGAACGGGACCAACUCAUACUACUUCGUCGACGCGUACCCCUACUUCGUCUGGGCCGACAACAACCUCACCGUCUCGCUCGACUACGCGCUCUUCCAGGGCGGACGCCUCCGCUACGUCGACCCGGGCACCGGGCUCGCAUACACCAACCUGCUCGACGAAAUGCUCGACGCGGUGGUCAUCGCGAUGGCGAAGCUCGGGUACGGGCACGUGAAGCUGGCCAUCGCGGAGACCGGGUGGCCCAACGGCUGCGACUACGACCAGAUUGGCGGCAACGUCCACAACGCCGCCAUCUACAACAGGAACCUCGCGGUGCGGAUGGUCAAGAACCCGGGCACGCCGGUGAGGCCGGGCGCGAACAUGCCUGUGUUCGUGUUCUCGCUCUACAACGAGGACCUCAAGCCAGGGCCGGGCACCGAGCGACAUUGGGGGCUGUACUACGCCAACGGCACGGCAGUCUACGAGAUCGACCUCACCGGACGCCGGCCACUGUGGUCGUACCCGCCCCUGCCGGCGCCGGAGAACAACACACCGUACAAGGGGCCGAUAUGGUGCGUGCUCUCGGCCGCGGCCAGCAACAAGCUGAACGAGACGGCAGUGGGGAACGCGCUGUCGUACGCGUGCGGGCAGGGAAACGGGACCUGCGACGCCAUUCAGCCCGGGAAAAUGUGUUACAUGCCGAACACGACAGUGGCGCACGCCAGCUACGCGUUCAAUUCGUACUGGCAGCAGUUCAGGAAGAUUGGAGCGACGUGCUACUUCAACAACCUCGCAGAGCAGACUAUCAAAGACCCAAGCCAUGGAUCCUGCAAGUUCCCAAGCUCGUUGGACUCUUGA